AUUGACCCUGUGGCGUGCGUGCGUCCGUCUCUCUGCUGUCACACAAGCUCGUCUUUCUGGAUUAAAGAUGCUCUCUUUAAAGCUGUGAAAUCAAGGCCUAAAUCGUUUGGAAAUCAAGUUUUCCAGCCAAUUUUGGUUAUAGGAUGGACAAGAUUUCGGGCCCUUGAUACUGGUACACACCCCUAUGGAUCAAACAUGUCUUUAAUGGAGCUUCAGGAUAAAAGUGAGCAUGUUUACACGAGCACUGGCCUCAGGAGACAGACGAGUGCUGAGAUAGUGUCAGAAGCUCGUCGCUCUCUCAGAACACUUGCCACACAGCGACCUUUCACACCUCAGGAGAAGCAUCGGCAGCUCUUUGGAGAAUCAUCUUCUCGUGCACAUGAUGGACGACCACCAUCUGCAUUUAGUCUACAUGCCCGACAUUUCGAAGCUCCUGACUCCAGGCCAGGCUCUGGAACUCGUCUCAGCCCACUUGAACGUAAACCCAGGCUGUCUGUGUCCUUGGGUGAGGAUGGCGGUCUUGAUGAAGCAACUCUCCCCAAACCCCCAGCUGAACGAGGGAAUACAAGAAUAGGAUCAGGAGGUUCUCGAGCCAAACUGUUUAGAGCAGCAUCCAUAAACAGGCUACCACCCGUGACACCAAACACAAAGAAUAUGUCUCUAGAGACAAGGAUUAGAGCAGACCAACCAGGUGACAGAGAAAAGCUACAUUUUUCUGAUGUUACAGAGCAUACAAAUAAUUCUUCGUCUGAAACAGACCUGCACAUACUUACUAAACACAGGAUACUGCAAACUGAUGUAUCCAGUGCAAGAGGAUCAAAACCAGAAGUCAAGCUAGGGCAUGGAGACACAGGAGAUGACAACAUGGAUGAAUCUGUGUUCUGGAACACUAAACUUCUUCCUGUCCUUCAAGAAUUUGAGUCUUUUGCACCAGGUGAUGCCGUGUCAGAUGAGAUUGUGGGACAGCUGUGUAAUGCAUGCAAUGGUCUCCAUGAUGCACUGGCAGAGAGAGGCAUGCUGGGAAGGCAGUUUAAAAAGAGGUCCGCCAUCCUUAGAACACUCUUCAGGCUUAUAGAUGUGGGAUCGGAUCGACUUAACCUAACAUUAGCCAAACUUAUUCUGGCACUCAAUGUGAGUGGAAACAACUUGCUGAACAUCUGCAAACUCGUCUUCAAAAUCAGCCGGAAUGCUAGCAACGACGCCCUGUUCCUCAAUGGCUGCAUCCUAGCCCAUUGUGUGUAUGUGUGUCCACACACAGACUCCCUUCUGUCUCUGCUCCAUUGUGAGGAUGUGUGGAGUAAAAGUGAAGCCGUGCUGUACGGUGUCGGCUCACUGAAGCUCCUCUCAGGGAACAGCGCCCUCUCCAGGCUGCUGCUUUCUAAAGGCUUCAUCGUUAUACUGUUGCAGCUGUCAAAGAGACUGAUGCAUGGUCCAUCUUCAACUUCAACUAACAUAACUUCUCACGGGUCAGAGGGCAAAGGUCAGCGUAUCAUCGCAGGACACAUACUGGUACAGGUCACAGCAGCUUUGAGAAAUAUAGCUGACCAGUCAGAGUCUCGGCCUUCCUUCCUGUCCAACAAGGCAUUCUCUACUCUUUGCUUAAUUCUGGAGAACCACCGCAAAGACCUUGACAUCUGCAUUAAUGUGGCCCGAAUAUUCAGCAAGCUGUCCACCUACACUGAAUGCUGUCAUGCACUAGCUGAGUCGCCACGUUGCUGUAGCGUAUUUUUGGACCUGCUAAGCAAACACAGCGGGAAACAGGAUCUAGUAGUGCGUCUCCUGUUCACACUAGGAAAUCUGACAGCCAAGAGCACUGAAGCCAGAGAGAGAGUCUAUGAGGAGGAAGGCGGGAUAGAUGUCCUCUUAGAUCUUUUUCAGGUCUACCAGGAAACCCCAUCGCCCCCUAAGCAAUGCCGUGCCCCUGAGAGAGAGGACGUCCUGGUCAAACUGAUCAGACUGCUGGCCAACCUGGCCAUCCAUCCCACCGUGGGCACGGCACUGGCUGCCAACACACUGUGUGUACAGCUUCUGCUGGAAGUGCUGGAGUGCAGGUGUGUGCAGGAAAGUGAAGAGUUGGUGAUUAAUGCCGUGGCCACCAUCAACAACCUGUCUUUCUACCAAGGCGAGAGCUCAGUGGUCCGUUCCCAGCACACGCACAUCUCACAGUUGCUACUAAAGCUCUUGCUGAGCUCCAGUAUGGAUGCUGUUUUGGAGGCCACACGUGUGUUCGGAAAUCUGUCGCAGAUCAAAGACGUGAGACACUUCAUCAUGCAGCACAAAGUGGAGCAGUAUGUGGUAACCCUUCUGGACUCCAAGACCCCUGAUGUGUGUUUCUCUGCAUGUGGAGUUCUCAUCAACCUAUCUGCAGAUCCGGAAAACAGGGCCAUGCUGAGGGCCACGGGAAGCACUCAAAAGCUUAUCGACUGUCUGCGUGACUUGGGGCCUCAGGACUGGCAUUUGGCUGCUGUGGUGUGUCAGACUCUGUGGAACUGCUCUUUAGAUGGAGAGCUGCAACACACUCAAGAGCUGUUGGAGAUCUUGCGGCUUUACAGCGACGGGGGAGCUUUGCAGUGGCCUUCUGAUGAUGGAGUCAGACAGGUUCAGGAAGCAUGCUGGGAGCUGCUCUUUUUGCCUGUAGCUGAGAGGCUUAAAGAGCGUUUUUAUAUUGAAGACAUCAUUCCGUAAGCUCCACUGACACACUCCUCCUCUCCAGAUGUCACAAGCUUGUCUGUGUGUAUAUAUGCAUGUACACCUGAAAGCUGAGGAAUGAGCCGGUGUGUAUAUUGCACUUUAAUCCAAUGUCUCUUUUGAUACUGUGAACAUAGGUAAUUUGUCAAUUAUGACCAACACAUUUUUUAAAUAAAAUAGUUGAAAUGUUUAUUACACAGCCUUAUGCUGCUGUAUAGGAGAAAGCAUGAAUUGUGUCGGACAAGGCAAGCGUAUGUUCAUAAACACCAAACUUAUGUACAUGCAAAAAUCACUCGAGGGCAUAUUCAUGAUCUCAAAGACUUUAUUAAAUAGACACUUCCAGAAAAGUCUGUAAGGAGCACAGAAUAGAAGCAUUGUCAUACUUAAUACAAUCACAUUAAACUGAUAUAAUAUUCCCUCCUUUUAACAGGUUACAUUUCACAGCUACAGUCAUUAAUAUGAAGUUUACAAAGCUGCCCUAGAGGUCAUUGACAAACAUGCUUGAAACCAAUGACCAAAAUUGGAUUUUUGUGAAGUUCAUUCAAAUCACUC